AUGGGUGGUCUCAGUGCUGUUGCAAGGAAGGUUAUUCAGGCACUUGAGACUUUGUCAGCUACUGAGAAAACGAUUCAGCUUUGGUAUAGGGGAUAUGAGGACGGAGGUGGGUCGCUGCAAGGUAGAACGUUUGGAAAACGAAUGAGCGCUGUUGACGAAGAUAAAUUGAAAGUCGAGUUUGAGAAAGAGUCUAUAACAAGCACCGGGAAGUUUGUAGAGUUGAAUCAAGAAUAUGGAACUGGAGUUGAUAUGCGAGAGCUUGGCAAGAUCUGUAAAGGUGUUCCAAUGGCGUAUUACCAUUCUAAGCCGCGAGUGGUUUCCAGGAUUGAUGGCAAGGGACAAUAUUGUUAUUUCUUCCCUAGUAUUCGUGACGAGCUUUUUGAGAAGAAUGAAAAGGGUCACUUUGUUGGGGAUGAAGAAGAUCUUGAAACAUAUUGUAGAAUAAAAUUUGGUGGUCAUCUUAUUUCAGUAAACAACGACGAAGAAAUCUCAGUUGUAAAUUCUGAUGUUUUUGGAGACUUUUCCGCUACUCGACAGUUUGAUAUGCUUGUCUACGCUGGUCUGAAGAUAAGGGAAGAAGACCAGCAAGAAGCUGCAUUCACCGAUGGUACAAAUGAUAGCUUUGUAAAUGCACGAGCAUUUUUAAGAAAGGAUGCAUACCAUCCUUUAUGUUUGUACUUUAAGCGAUACUACAAAGACAAAAUAGACGCUAUAGUAUGGGAUCGCUGUGGCUUAUUUUCAGUGUUUGUCUGCAAAUCACCACUCGCUGAUAUUCCGCCUCGAACGAGAAGGCUGGCUGAUAAAGCAAGGAAGAGUACAGUCAAUUUCUGUCAACGUGAAAUAUUUUGCUGCGUCGAUCGAUAUCAACUUUUUAUUCCUUCGCAAAGUGAAUAUAAUGUACCGUGUUUGCAGGAAAAAAUAGGUUUGUGUCAAGUCGCGCAAUCAAAAUCUCCAGAUUUCAAAUAUAAAUUGCCUCCUCCUCUGGUUAAAAAUGAGCAGACGGGUGAGAGUUACUGUUUGCGUGACCUGGAGGUUACUCGUGAAAUUCGCAUUGAGAACUUUCAUGACGCAGAGAGUUUUUGCAAAGAAUAUUUCAACGGACAUCUUCUCUCAGUGGCUGACAAGGGAGAAAUGAAUUUCUUAGUUCUUCCUGAUGCAAUCACGAUGAUUGGUUGGUUAGACUUAACAAGCUGGACCUACACAUCUCUGGUAAAGACUAUAUUUACAGGUACCUUAUUUGAAAACAAGGUGCGAGAUGAAGCAAAGUUAAUUGAGUCUAGGAUGAUUGGACUGACGUAUACGGAAGGACGAGGAAUCCCAUCUUUUACUGAUGGUACAGACCCGAUAUAUGCUUUUGCGACGUCGCAUUCAGAGAAAACUACGUUGGAUUAUAACGGAAACUGUUUUGCGCUGGUGUAUCUCAUCGGAGAGAACCGAGGUUUUAGUAGUUGA